GUUUGAUCAUACUUUGUUAAAGUUUUUUCUUCUGUUUCAUUUCCUGGGUUUUUUUCCUUUCUUCUCUUCCUGUUUCAUAAAUCGUCAUCUUUUCUCAAUUUCCACUGGGAUAAACGACGAAAGGAAAGGAAGGAAGAUGAGCAAGACGUGCGCUCGUUGUGAGAAAACGGUUUAUCCGAUCGAGGAGCUCAAGUGUCUCGAUAAGAUAUGGCAUAAGCAGUGCUUCAAGUGUCAGGGUUGCGGGAUGACCUUGAAUAUGCGAACGUACAAAGGCUUCAACAAACAGCCGUAUUGUGAGGCACAUAUACCAAAAGCAAAGGCAACAACAAUGGCGGAAACACCAGAAUUAAAACGUAUUGCAGAGAAUACAAAAAUUCAAAGCAACGUUAAAUAUCAUGCAGAGUUCGAGAAGGCAAAGGGAAAGUUCACGCAAGUCGCGGAUGAUCCAGAGACGUUGAGAAUCAAGCAGAACAGCAAAAUCAUUUCAAACGUUGCUUACCAUGGUGAACUUCAAAAGAAAGCGAUCAUGGAACAGAAGAGGACCAUGACCGGAGAAAAUGGCGAACAAAUAGAGUACGUAGAGUAUACGGACGGUACAAUCGCACCUGCCUCGAGCAGUUACUUAAAUGCGAAUCCACCAGUUACGAGAACGGCAAACUCGCCUGUACAAAGGACACCAGGUAGGAUCGCUGAUUACGAUCCCCUUAGUGAAGCAAGGCCGAGUCCUUAUUCCGCUAGGCAAGCCGCAACCACGGUCAUUUAUACCAGUGACAAAGGUCCAGUGACGAAUCCACCAACACGAAAAAUUGGUUCCGUAGCGGAUAUCGACCCGGUGAACGACUAUUAUGGAUCGCUCACGCCUCCGACGAAUAAUAAUCACGUGAUACAGCAUCAUCCACCACCACCGCCACCUACCAACGUCGGAAGAGUAUAUAGAGCGUUGUACGAUUACGAGGCACAAGAUUUGGACGAAGUAAGCUUCUGUGAUGGUGACCUGAUUGUCAACUGUACAGCCAUUGAUGAAGGAUGGAUGACAGGUUUGGUACAACGUACAGGUCGGCAUGGUAUGUUGCCAGCGAACUAUGUCGAGCCAGCGCAGAUCUAAGGGCCAUUAUUUUUUGAACGAUGAAUCUUAGCAGCUGCCAUCAUCUCAACUUCUCCUUUUGUUGUCACCGUUCAUUUGAUCGCAACUUUUCCAUUUCAAUCGAAUGAAACGCUACUGGUGUAUACACUGAUGGUGUGCAUGUAUGUUUGUGUGAGAGAAAGAGAAAUAGAGAGAGAGAGAAAUAUUCUUUGCUUGCGAGAGAAAUCGUCUGCUUUUUUUUCUCCUAAAUUGUUUUAUGUACAAUGCUCUCCUUGCCGUGUUAGAAAAAAGUUAAACAAUAUUUUCAAACAGGACACCACUCUCGAGAUGAUCGUCUUGUUCGCACGGGAUUGUUGUUUCUUUAGUUCUUUUUUUAAUAUAUAUAUAUUUUUUUAAAUUGAAAAGAAUAAAAAUGAGAUAACGGAUAAAUAAUUUUUGUCAUCGAAAGGCUGCUUCUUCUCGUGUUGUUGUUGACGUUGUUGCGUUAUCAUUAUCGGUGUCAUUUUUAGACGCACUGCUAUACUUUUUUCUUCUUAUCUCGAAGCGUUCAUAGUUUCUUUUUUCUUUUUUACAUAUCGCGUUUUUUGCAUUUCGCGUAACAAACGUUAUCUAUAUAUAUAUAUAUAUAUAUAUAUAUAUAUAGACUUCUAAUAUAAUAGAGAUAUAGUAAUAGCUAUAUAUGAUUACGAUUUGGGGACCAAGCAUUUUAUAAUGAAUUUUACAAAUAAAUAUAUACAUAUAUUUUUUUGUUCUCGAGCGAACCGAGGAAUAUAAUAAUAGUUACAACAGAUUGCUUUACUUUCCUGUAUUUGUUAUAGAAAAUAAUUCUAUCUUCAUUCGCUCGUUGCUGGCGCAAACGCGACUUUACACGACUAAAUUAUAAGAUUCUAAUUCAACAAAUGAACAAUCAAAAAUUCUAAACAUUACCUUUCUUCAAUAAGAUUUAUUACACACAUUCCUUAAUUGCUGAAGGAUUCUCAUUAUUUUUAUUUGUAUUUCUUAUAGAUUAUGAGAUCCUUAUUGCAUACUGCAUUUGUAAACUGUGACCGUAAAGCUUUUAGAUGGACUAAGAUUUCUUAAAUGAUUUUGACACGUUGCCUACCAUAUUAGUUCUACGUGUUUUGCUGUAGAGGCCUACAAUUCUGAGAUUAGAUAGAAAAAAGUAAUGCCAGUUAUAAAUGAUCUUCAUGGUCCCAUUAAUAAGACAAACACUGGUCACGGGUGACCGACAAGGAUGUCAACGUGUUAAAUAUUAAUUACUUUGUUUAGACACUUUUUAGAUAAACCUUUUUUAUACAUUGUACAACUACAAGUUUAUUUCAUUAAAUUGUGAGUUUAAAUACGAGUCUAAUGUAUUUUUUAGUCGAAUAAUUAAGUUUUAUAUUCAUCUAUAAACUUUUGGUUCACCUAGAAACUUUUAGUUUGCAUUUUAUACUUACUUUGUAUAAAAAAGAAAUAAUUUAAAAAAUGAACUCUGUGAUUGUUGUGCCUUUGUCGUCGUUGUCGCCAUGUUUCUUCUUCCAAUCUAAUUUUUAACAAUCUUGUCUCUUUUACGAAGAAAUACGAAUGAAAAGAAUCUAUUUAUUUAACUCAUAUAUGUGCCUUAUAUAUAUCGACACACAUUUAUACAUAGAAAUUUGUAGGAUUCUUAAUUUGAUCCAUUUCUUCGAGAAUAUUUGAUACCCUAUACGUAUACAUAUUACUACUACAUAGAAAAUAAUAAUAAUAAUAAAUAUUAUUAUUAUUGUUGCCUUUAUAUUCUAUAGAGAAGAUUUAUCGUAUGUAUUUUAUUAUACGAUCGAGCAAUUGCUAUUAAAAGAGACCACGAACAUUUUAGUGUCUAUUAAUAAUUAAUCGAGUUUAAUUAAUUACAUAGAUAUAAAUAUAGCAAGCGAGAACACGUUAAAUUCGUUUUUAAAGAACAAUAUAAAAGAUAACAAUCGUUAAAAAUGUUAUCGCUGAUUCUUUUUCUUAAUUUCAUUUUUUUCUUUUAUUUUUAUUAUUUCUUUUUUUAAUUAAUUAAUAAUAUUAACCGACCCUAUCUAUUUGAUAGUUUUUAAGGUCCAUUCGCAAUCCUGCGGUCCCGUUUGUUGUAAGCUUUGCACAAGUCUUUUUUUCUAAAUCAUUUUAUUUUCAUUUUUUUCUUUAAUAAACUUUUUUUCUUUCCCUUUUAUUUUAUGUUAUUUUCAAUUUUGUUUGUUUUAAAUACGUAUCAUCUCGCAACGGCAGGGUAUUUGAGGAUACCACUUACCAUUUUAUGGAAUAUUAUAAAUAAAUUAAUGUUUAUUACAGGGUGAAUUUAACAUUUUUAGAUGAUUUGAACAAUUAAUUAUUCUUUUUCAAUAUUUUUUAAACCUUUUUUUUUACAAUUUAAAUAAAACUAUCCAGAGAGAGUCUCGAAAAAGUCUAAUUUAUUUAUAUUUUUAAAUUAUCUAAAAACUUUAAGCUCAACCUGUAUACAUAAAUUUAA